UUCACAUUCUGCCCUAUAUAAAGGCGCACAAACCCCUGUCCUUCCAUUCCAUCACUGCUCUGCGGCAACAACAAGCUACUUACUGUACUAUCAUAUCCAUAUCCAUAGACCAGCAGAUAUCAGCCAUGGCUCAGCUUGCCAAGCUCGAGGCUGCAGUCGCCAUGAAAAACCCAAACAAGCUAAUGGAUUUCCUGAAGAACAACAUCCAGGCCUUGCCGCAGCUGUUCCCUCAGCUCUACAAGAGCGUGGAGAUCGUCGGAGGAGGCCGCCAGCUGGCCACCGGCUCCAUCAUCUCUCUCUCGUAUUACCUUCCUGGGACGCCCACGUUGAUGAGAGGAAGCGUGGAGGUGGAAUCCAUGGACGAAGCAAGGAAGUCGAUAGCGCUGAAUGUGAUCGGAGGGGACGGGCUGAAGAUGUUCAAGAGCUUCAGGGUGAAAUGCGAGAUUGAUGACGAGCAGCCGCAGCUGGUGAAAUGGAGCCUUGAAUACGACAAGGCCAGUCCGUCUACACCGCCGGCCGACCCUUAUUUGGAAUUCUACAUCAACCUUACCGCGGCCAUAGACGUCCUUUGACGAACUGUAAACCCAAACACCAUGACUGGUUCUUGAACUUGAAGUGCGCUUUGGUCUACCGAUCCUCCACAGAUGGGGACUUCUUUGAUGUUGUAACUGAGGGUGGUGAUAUAUAGAAAUAAGAGUGUGGAGAGAACACCAAACCGGGCACUGAAAAGAUUUGUGAUGAUUUUCCGAUUAAGUUAUCCUCCUUGUGAAAUUAUUAAUGGACUUGGAUUGCAAUAACAAGCUUUAAAAUCGACAAUGGAAUGACUGAGAAAGGUUUGACUCAGUGGCAAUACCCAGGGGCGGAGCUACAUUGGCCCUAAGGGGGCCCCGGCCCCCCCGAGAAUCUCGAACUUACGUGUAAACGG